UCAUGAUUCAGUCUGAAAGGAAAAUUCGUGUGAAAAGGAUCCUCCGUCUCCUUUGUGUGCAUAUUUUUAGCCAGCCAGCCAGUUAACUAGCAGCAGCAGCAGUACAAUAGCUUCUCGAUAGCUAACUGUAUAGCAACAGAGAACUUUGUUGUUUUUAACCAACCAUCCAAUCAAUUGUGCAAUAUUUCAGCUGAUUUUCUUCGCGCCCUCCGCUGCAAGUAAAAUCAUCACCCGAAAUAGAAAUCAGUGCACAGUGCAAUUAUCGAACUGUAUAGUGUGUGAUUUAGUUCUACAAGCUUUAAGCCAAAAGUGAAGACGAGUGAGGAUCAUCAAUUCCUUUCGGACCCAUCGAUCUGAGGAAAAGUGUUUGUUUCAAUCAAAAACGCUUUUCUUUUCUGUACAAAAAAAGUUGAACUUUUGUGCUCGCCAUCUCAAAGUCAAGAACCCUAAGCCAAGUAACUGUUAAGUAACUGUAUAAAGUACAGCCAGAAAAAAGUGAUACGACAAAAAGUGCAAACCGUUUUCGAGCUAUUUUCCAAUUUCGAAGCUAUAGUGAAAAUUUUUCAAGUAUAACAAAAGAAGUUGGAAAAACUGAUCUUUUUUUAAGUGCACAGAAAAAGCCAAGUCUUUAAAAGCGAAGAAAAAGAGUAAAAUCUCUCAGCUUUUCUCUUCGCGUCCGCGCAAAGUUCGCUUAAAUGAGUGAUACAAAUCUGAAAUGUUUCGGCAAAACUGGUGGAUUCUCUAUAAAUUUUAAUCAAGACUAUACAUCGCUCUCCGUAGUAUCCAAGCAAGGAUAUCGAUUGUUUUCCCUGUCAUCCGUUGAUCGAGUGGACGAAAUCUUCUGCAGCCAUGACGAAGAUACACGAAUCGCUGAGCGGUUGUUCAGCAGCAGCCUGGUCGCGGUCGUUACCGCAAGUGAGCCGCACAAACUUAAGGUGUGUCACUUUAAGAAAGGGACGGAGAUCUGCAACUACAGCUACCCGAAGGAUAUCCUGUCGGUGAAACUGAACCGCUCGAGGCUGGUGGUAUGCCUGGAGGACAGUAUUUACAUUCAUAACAUCCGUGAUAUGAGACUGCUACAUUCCAUCAAGAACAUGGCGAACAACCCGGUCGGUCUGUGUACGCUGUCGCUUUCGUCGCACCUGGCGUACCCGAUCUCGGAGACGACCGGCGAGCUGCAGAUCUUCGAUGCCGGCAAUUUGACCUCCCGGCUGAAGGUCAAGGCUCACGACUCGCAACUGUCUGCGAUGAAUUUCUCCUUCAACGGGACGCUGCUGGCUACGGCGUCCGAGAAGGGAACCGUGAUUCGCGUGUUCUGCGUGAAGAACGGCCAGAAAGUGCACGAGUUCCGGCGGGGUCUGAAGCGCCACGUCAGCAUCGGAUCGCUCAACUUCAGCAUCUGUGCCAGCUACGUGGUCGCUAGCUCGAACACGGAAACCGUACAUAUCUUCAGGAUCGAUCCGAAGUCGAUCGAACAGGCGGAACGUCGCAACUGCAUCGACAAUGGAGCGGCGACUGCCGCUACUAACAGUAACACGGGUAGCAGCAAUAAUAACGAUGGAGAGUCUGAGAAUGGUGGAGAAACGGAGAAGGGAGAGGACACCUCCAACGGCCGGUGGGGCAUGAGUUUCAUCACCAAGGCCGUUACGGCAUACUUCCCGACGAACGUGGUGACGGAUGUUUUCUCGCAGGAUCGAGCUUACGCUACAGUUCAACUGGCAGAAGCGGGACUUCGGUACGAGUGUGUGAUCGCCAAGGUCGAGAAGGAGACCCGGCUACUGUUGGCAUGUGAGGACGGAUUCCUCUAUAUGUACGACUUUGACGACUCGAAGGGCGGCGAUUGUAAGCUAAUUCGGGCGCACGAUCUGCGUCUGCCGCUGCAUGGAAUUACAGAAGUCGACAUCGGCGGCAACGAGAACGACACAUCCGUCCUGAACGUGUCGAUGACCAACUCGAUGAUGCCGGCGCCGGGCACCUACGCCGGGGUCCUCAAGGGACGUCCCGGAGAUCGAAUGUCAGCAGAUUCGGACCGCUGCCGGGACCUGCGGGAAGCGGUCGAGUACCCGAUCAAGAGCACCAUCCCGCUGUACGACGAUAUGCAGUUCCCGCCGGUCACCCCGAUCACCGUCGAAUGACUAGCCAGCGACGCAAUCCGGACGCCCAAGAUCAGCUCCGUUGGCGGGGCCAAGAAGCGUCACGCCAAGUAAGUAAGAAGUGUUACAUCAUGCCCCGAGGAGUUCGCAGACCCUACUACUAGCGCAUAUUCUACAAAACAAACAAGAACGAACAUAUGGACACACCAGCAUGGAAACGAUUGUGGAACAACCUACCCAACAACUUCGUGUUUUGGAUUUCCUUUUUUCUUCUUCUUAUUUUCGUUUCUAUCAGAUGUACAGUUUCUCUGAAGAUAUGUAUCUCUCUGUUGUUGCUUUUAACCUGUAAGAAUCGUGAACUAUUUUUUAAUUCAUCUGUUAAGGUAAUGUGUUUAUAUUUUAGUAUCAGUAAGUGUCUACUUUUUCUAACUAUUUUUAUAGUGAUAAGAGCUUUAUAUAUUGGCAUUUUACGUUGAGUAAAGUAUGACUUGCCUAACUUUCUUAAGUAGCUGUCAUUUGUUGCCGGGUGACCGUAAAUGUGGCAUAAGAUAAGCAUUGGUUACAAGGAUUGUGUAUCCAAAUCAAGUGAAACAAAUGUGCAAAAAAAUAAACAAAAAUAUAAAUCUCAUGUCUUUGUUGCAAAGCUAUGAAACAGGUCAUAGCAAUAGAAAAAAAACAAGCAAUAGUAUUGACGGCAAGUCAGUUAAAAUUAAUUUAGAAUGUAAACAUCAUCAUCCCUUUCUUACAUUUUUAUCGCUUCCCCUACGGAUUUUCAUUUAAGCCUUUUUUAUCUUUUUUAUUUUAUUAAAGUUCAUUUGCGUCUAUUCUACGAACAGGGUGUGAUGAGUCAAAUUUGGUGAGAACUUCCUUAUGGCUCGUCUUACCUCACCGUAAUAGAUGAAGUUCAAUUAUUCUAAACUUAUUUGAUCGGAAUGGCAGAUAAACGGCGAAAUGUGUAACAUGAAAAUGGCAAAUCCAAAAAAACGCUUUCAGCUAACUGCCAUAAGACGAUACUAAUAGUGAAAUGUCUGAAAACCCUGAAAAAAUGAUACCAAAAACAGUAUAAAAACGUUGUGUAAAAAUCUACAAAAAUACUCAAGCCGUUAAGUUAAUUUUAAGUUUCUCACAAACAUAAAAAACAACGUGUAAAGUAUACAGAGAGAUGACGAAACAAAAAUAUAUUUUCUUAUUUAUUAUUUUA